AACUCAUUGUCUUUCAUUAACAGAAUUUACCUGGUGAAGCACCUGUGUCGAUUUUACGGUGUAGAUGUGUAUCAGGCAAUAUGCCGUAGCCAUGCAACAUUUUUAAGGUGGAUCAGAAUGAAGGAUUUAAACCGAGAUCAAGUAGUUGAGGUAUCAGAUAGAUAUAUUGUGUGUGGUGAAAGUUACAGGCAAGUGAGAGAAGCUCUAACAAAAGUAGUUAUCGGAGAGAGUAUAGAACACCUAGAGGAAAUUAUGCAGGAACUUCAUACUGCAGGAAGAAGAGCUGAGACAUUUUUACAGCUUGCUGUUCAUAGGGAAAUCACUAGCUCAUAUUUGUACCCACAAAAUCAAAGGAAACUUACACAACAAGUAAAGGCUACUAUAACACAAUUCAUUGAAACUAGUGCUAGUGAUGAAGUCAGAAAUAAGGCAUUGGUGAAUGCCAUGAUGAUGAACCAGCUUGUUCCCAGACAUUUAGCAGUCAUUGAGGGUGCGAAUUUACGCUCACAAGGGCUACAGUGCCUCAUUGUACACUACCUUUGUGUGAUGUCACGUUUUAAUGGGGCAGGUACUUUGUUGCAGCCUUUGAUUGCCAUGAUGACAAAUCCACAGAACUAUACUAAUUCAUAUUUACCCACCAUGCCCCAAGAUGACCUUGAAGAUGUAAAAGAGGCUUUGUUAGCUGCCAGGAAUCAAGUGAGAGGAGCAGAUAGUAACCCUGUGUUUUAUAGAUGCCCCAAUGGUCAUGUGUACGUUGUCGGUGAUUGUGGACGACCAACAUUUGUUACCAAUUGCCCUACUUGUGGUGCAGUUAUUGGUGGUGACAAUCACAUUCCGAAACCAGGCAACAUUAAAGACAAUAGUAAUGAUAACACAAAGACAGGCCAUAUUCUCGGCCGUGCUGCAACUAGGGGGCCAGGUCCUAAGCCAGAGAGGACACUUUCACCUACAUACUGUGCUGCAGUUAGACUUCUACUACACAUGGCAAUGUAUAUUGGGUCCGGUGUAAAUCAACAGGCUAUACAGAGAUUGAUCAGACCAGAUAUAGAUGUGAACAAUGUUGUUGAGUUUUUAUGGGCUCAUAUAAACCUGGAUAUAGAUGAUCUACAAAGAACCCUUGGUAGAAGCAUAGAUGACGCAUUGUUAUUGAUGCAUACUAUUGUCAAUCAAAUUAUGAGAAUACACAAUGAUGGUACACAUGUUACUCAAGACAUAAGCCAACUUUCAACCAAGGAGGGAAGACGUAAAUGGGAAAUUGCUUUCUCUGAAAACUUUUUGCGAGUAUCUUUACAGAACCUUGACAAUAAUUUAAAGGCAUGUAACCAAGAUAUAGCACAAGAUCAGAGACUAGGAGCAGACCCUCUACUCUGUCUACUGUAUGAGACAGACACCAAUGUUGAGAGAGAGAAUCCAGCAAUUCUUGAAGACAUUCCAAGAGUCUGGCGUUAUAGAACACCUAUAUCUCUACAACAUCUUAGACAAGAAGUUGAAGCUAAAGUAUCUCAACAACAGCAUAAAGUUCUACAACUCUUUCUCAAAGAGGAUCAUCAUCUAAGAGCUAUUCGCUACAUUCCAAGUAUUUUACGUCUACAUCGAGCUCUGUUUCAAAAGUAUCAGAGAAAACUAGACAAAGCUGAGGCGUCACAAAUAAAUGUUGCUCAAUUGAAAAGAGAGGAAAUAGCUGGUGGUGAAACAUUGCAAUUAUUACAAGAUUUUACAGCUGCCUGGGAGUUAGUGAGGGAGUCAUUGGCUUUAUAUACGUGUCCUACAGAACUUGGUCCUAUGACUGUACAAAAGGAGUAUUGUCAACAAACCAUCAAUGACAAAACACAAAUAUCAUUGCUUCUACCUACCACAAAAGAAGCAGGCCUCUGCUCAUAUGCAAUGUUAGAUUUCUUGAUGAGAAAACAGAAUGACUUUCUAGAUAAAUACUUAAAGGAAACACAAAGAAAGCAAAGUAGUAUAUCCAGUGUGAACCCCAAAGAGGUGACUUCAGCACAUCUAAUCAGCUACGACCCCCAGCACGACAUUUUACCUUUAGUGCUUGCUAACUGCCAGUAUUCAUUUGAGAUGGGUAAAGGGACAAAGAUAGAGUAUGACUUUGCUGCCUUAGAGAGACAAUUGAUGGACAGAUUCUUGUUUUCAAAGUCAAGAAUUGAAGUUGGGAGAGUGCUAAUGAUUGACCAGAUGACAUACAGGACAGAGUUUACCAAUGCUGAAGUAUUCAAAAAACUUGCUGACAAGAUUCCACAGGAGAGACUUAGUGCUGUCACAAAGAAUCAAAUAUGCAGUGAAAUAAAGAACCUUCCUGAUCUAUGUACAUCACUAGACAAUCUGGACAUUACAAUAAGUUUUCUCAAGUCUACAGGAGGGGCCCAGCAGGCGUGUGAAUUAAGACAUGCACAGUCACUAUGGUUACUGCUGUCACUACAGAAAUCAAAAAAGAUGAUUGGAAAUAAUCAACACACAGAGUCUACUUUUGAGAGUCUUGAACAAGAGUUCCACCAAGAACUACCAGAUGAAUUGACAAAUGAAUAUUGGGCAUACAUGAAAAAAUUAUCAGUAGAAAAGCUGACUCAAUUGUUGGAAGUCUUGCAUGAAUAUAUUCUAUUAGUUGUGGCUGUGAGACAGAAUUCAACAGACGAGGAUUACAUUGAAACAUUUAGUAAUAGACUAGGUGAAUGGUUGAAGGGUUAUAUAGAAGGUAUGGACAAUCCUACCCUAGAUCUAGCUGUGCUGGCCGACUUCCCCAAAGAGAUCCUUUAUAAACACAGUGUACAAACCUGGGUUAGAACCUACAACAUGUUGAUUGAGAAACAGACAGGGAACUCAAGAAGGUUCAGAUAA